CACCAGUAUUCACUCACUCACUUCAGUGUCAUUUUUUCUUAUUCUCUUCCUCUCUCUCUACUCUGAGACACAAAGGAAAAUUAUAAGAAAUUAUGGCUGGUUAUUCAAAAGCUUCAGCUCUUUGGAUCCUUUUUCUUCUCUUUGGCUUCUCUGUAGCUAAGGAAAUUUUGGUUGGAGGUAAGACUGAUGCAUGGAAGGUUUCAGCCUCUGAAUCAGAUUCACUCAACCAAUGGGCAGAAAAGUCUCGUUUCCAAGUUGGAGACUAUCUUGUUUGGAAAUAUGAUGGUGGAAAAGACUCAGUGUUGCAAGUGAGCAAAGAGAACUAUGUGAAUUGCAGCAUCUCAAACCCCAUAAAGGAGUACAAUGAUGAUACCACAAAGGUUCAGCUUGAGCAUCCAGGGCCAUUCUACUUCAUCAGUGGUGCAAAGGGUCACUGUGAGAAGGGUCAGAAGCUUGUUGUGGUGGUUUUGACUCCAAGGAGAGGAACAAGGUUCACUGGUUUUGCUGCACCUUCACCAGCUCCUUCUGCUUCUGCUGAGUUUGAAGGUCCUGCUGUUGCUCCCACUAGCACUGCCAAUGCUUUGAAUGGGGGAAUUUUGAUGGUGGCUAUGGGAAUGAUUGCUAUGUGGGUUUUUUUUAUGUGAAUUGGUGUUAGUGUUGUUUAACUUGGUGUAUGAGACUGUCACAGUGAGGUGAUUGUCUGUGGUGUUAUUUUUUGUAGGAAAAAAUAUGAUUUGAUUCAUUUUUAUAAUAUAUAUUAUCUAUGUUCUGGCCUUUGCCCCGUUUACAA